AUGCCUUUCAUUUCACAAAUUCAACGGCAGUCUGAUUACAGGCUCUUCCCUUCUUCUACUCCCAUCGUCAUUGACAAUGGCGCCUCCUAUUUUCGCAUCGGAUGGGCGGGAGAAACUGAGCCUCGUGUUAUCUUCCGCAACAUUGUUCAGAGACCACGCCACAAAGCCACUGGUGAAACUGUGACCAUAGUUGGAGACCAUGAUCCUACACUGUUGAAAUACUUUGAUUGCACACGCUCCGGACCUCGCUCAGCUUUUGACAGCAAUGUUGUUUUCCAGUUUGAAAUUAUGGAAUAUAUUCUUGACUUUGGCUUUGAUCGGUUGGGCGCAAACGGAUCACAGAUUGAUCAUCCGAUCCUGAUUACUGAAUGUGUAUGCAACCCAUUUCAGUCUCGUAGUAAAAUGGCUGAACUUUUAUUUGAGACAUAUGGAGUUCCAUCGAUAGCAUUUGGUGUUGAUGCUGCAUUCAGCUAUAAGUAUAAUCAGCAGCAUGGGGUUUGUGAUAAAGAUGGUCUUGCUAUCUGUCCUGGAUUUACCACUACUCAUGUUAUUCCGUUUAUUGAUGGCGAACCUAUGUAUCAAGGAAGCUGCCGAACUAACAUCGGUGGGUACCACAUCACAGAUUAUAUGAAGCAGCUUCUUUCACUCAAAUACCCUCAUCACAUGGCUAGGUUUUCGUGGGAGAAAGUUGAGGACCUGAAGAUGGAGCACUGUUACAUUGCCCCAGAUUAUGUGUUGGAAGCUCGGUUAUUUCAGAAAGGGACCAAGGAAGCUGAAGAUAAAACAAGGUUGUGGCAGCUCCCAUGGGUUCCACCACCUACUGAGGAGCCCCCUUCUGAAGAAGAGAUUGCAAGAAAGGCAGCCAUAAAAGAGAAACAAGGUCAACGAUUGCGAGAAAUGGCUGAGGCGAAGAGAUCUUCUAGGAUAAAUGAACUAGAGAAUGAAUCACACGGUUUGGAAUUUCUUCUACAGCAGCUUGAACAGGUGGAAGAGCAUGAUAUACCAUCUUUCUUGUCAGCCACUGGCUAUGUCUCCAAGCAGGAAGUAGAAUCUGCCCUUGUGAAGGUGAGACAAUCUUUACUGAAAGCAAAAGGUGAACCAAAGGCUGAACAAGCUGAGCUUGAGGAGAAGACAGAUCCUGCAGGAGGCGAAAGGUUCCCUCUUUUAAAUAUCCCUGACAACAUGCUUACCCCUGAGCAGCUCAAGGAGAAAAAGAGACAGUUGUUUCUCAAAACCACAUCUGAAGGUCGGCAGCGAGCUAAACAGAAACGUUAUGAAGAAGAAUUAGAGCGGGAAAGGAGAAAUCAACAAGAUGAGCAAAAACGUUUAGAAAACCCAGAGCUUUAUUUAGAGCAGUUGCAUGCUAAAUAUAAAGAUCUUUCUGAGAAAGUUGAACAGCGAAAACGACUUAAGACAAAUGGGGGACAUACAAAUGGAAAUAGUUUUUCUGGAAGUGUUGGGCGUGGUGAGAGAUUAAAUGCUGCACAGAGGGAAAGGAUGCGCCUAUUGACAACAGCAGCUUUUGAUCGUGGCAAGGGUGAGGAUACUUUUGGUGCGAGAGAUGAAGAUUGGCAACUUUACAAACUCAUGAGCAAAGAUAACGAUGACGAUGAUGAGGGACCAGAUGAGCAUGAAGCAGAGCUGGCGCGUCUCACUUCUAGGCUUCAGGAAGUAGACCCGACAUUUGUUCCCAAAACGGAUACCACAAACCAUCAAUCCGUUGAAGCACCACGGUUUCGUCCGCUAACCCAGGAAGAUUUUCAAAUCUUUUUUGGCGUUGAAAGGUUUCGAUGCCCUGAAAUUUUAUUUAAUCCCAACUGGAUUGGGAUAGAUCAGGCAGGCUUAGAUGAGAUGGCCGGGGUGUCGAUAAGGAGGCUGCCAACGAAGGGCCAAGAGCUGGAGGAGAGGCUGACCAGUUCAGUCUUUCUGACUGGUGGUAGUAGUCUGUUUCCUGGUAUGAGUGAGCGCUUGGAGGCUGGAAUCCGGAUGAUUAGGCCGUGUGGUUCACCCAUAAGGAUAGUCAAAGCAUUGGAUCCAAUUCUAGAUGCAUGGCGUGGAGCUUCUGCUUAUGCUGCCGCCUCCCAUUUCCCCACACAAACUUUCACGAAGGAAGAUUAUUAUGAGAAGGGUGAAGACUCUGUUCGCAGAUACCAAUUUCGAUAUUACACAUUGUGA